AUGCAGGUGGGCAUUCCACCACAGACAGACAUAUGAUAUAAGCAAGUAAAAUGAAUUUACAUAUUAGAAAAGGAGUGGAAGUAUGAAUUUAUUUAAUCCCAUCCGAUUUAUAUAAUAUCAUUUAUAUAUAUUUGUAUAUUCAGCUUUACUAAUCGACGCAUCUCUCUCUCUCGCACUCGCGCACACACACACACACACACAAACACACACACACACACACACACACACACACACACACACACACACACACACACACACACACACACACACACACACACACGAUAACUUACCAAUGGCAAGAUGUAAUCUGUGGCCAAAACAUUGGAGCCUCGUCCAUUCAUUAAGCCGCGCAGCAAGCACCAUAUUCGACGCGUUGUCCGUCGUGAUGCAGACGUGAUUCUCCUCGUGGAGAUCCCAGCUGACAAGCCCUUCUCUCAGGCCGGCUGCAAUAUUUUCCCCUGUGUGAUCGUCUGGGAAGUAGGUAGUUUGUAGGCAGCGAGCUCGGAGGUUGAAAUCUUCAUCAAUAAAAUGGACUGUAAGACUCUGGUACGGCUCAGCUGUGCGGCUUGACCACAUAUCAGUAGUGCUAGCAAAAAACUCCACCGUUUUAAGUUCCGCGGCGACUUUCUCUUUGCACUUUUUGUACAGCUCCGGUAUGGCAGUCUGACUGAAGUAUGUGCGGGAGGGUAUACUGUAACGUUUAUCAAGCGUAUGUAUUAAUGCCAUGAACCCAGGCUUGGUCACCGUGCUGAGAGGCAUCAUAUCUUUGGCUAUGAACUCGGUUAUUGUCCGAGUGAUUUCUCCGUGCCGUUUUGAAUUACGUUCAUACGGAGUGACACUUUCGAACAUUUCUGUCAGUGAUCCCUGUCUUGAGGUAUUUGGCUUGUCUCGCGCACUGAUGCUCGGCAUUUUGGUCAUACAACUGUCAUGCAUUGAUUUGUGGUAUUUUUUUAAGUGCUGAAACAGGUUUGUAGUGUUACACCCCGUGAAGUAGCAAUCGGAGCACGGCAUGCUCUGCACAACACCUGACGCUGCUCAGCAUCUUCUUUUUUAAAACCAAAAUAGUUCCACACCACCGACGUGCUGUUCCUCUUCGAUAUUAAAGUAUCAGCUGUGUCAGUUUCUGACUGUUCCGUCGAGCAAGAGGCCAUUGCGCUGGACAGCAUGAAAAGUCGCGUCACGUGACCACCUCAAAUCGCGCACGUUGCGAUUAGAAAAUCGCGUUCAGUCAAAUCGCGAUAUUAUCGCGAAUGCAAUUAAUCGUUCAGCCCUAGUCUCUACCCCCCCUCUCUGUCUGUCUCUACCCCCCCUCUCUGUCUGUCUCUACCCCCCCCCCCUGUCUGUCUCUACCCCCCCUCUCUGUCUGUCUCUACCCCCCUCUCUGUCUGUCUCUAACCCCCCCUCUCUGUCUUGUCUCUACCCCCCCCUCUCUGUCUGUCCUACCCCCCCCUCUCUGUCCUUCCACCCCCCCUCUCCUGUCUCUCCCCCCCUCUGUCUCUCCCCCCCUCUCUGUCUGUCUCUCUACCCCCUCUCUGUCUGUCUCUACCCCCCCUCUCUAUUUUAAAAAUUUUUUUUUUUCUUUUUAAAAAAUUUUUUAAACCCCCCCCGGGGGGGGAAAAAUUGGUUUUUCCUUUUUUCCCUUUUUUUUUUUUUUUUUUUUUAAAAAAAAGUUUAAAACCCGGGUUUUUUGGGUUUUGGGGCCCCCCGGCUUUUUUUCCUUUUUUUCCCCCCCUUUUUUUUUUUUUUUUUUGGAAAGGGUUUUUGGGGGUUUUUUUUUGAAAAGGUUUUUUUAAACCCCCCCUUUCCGGCCCCUUUUUUUUAAAAAAAAAGGUUUUCCCCCCCCCCUUUUUUUUCCCCAAAAAAAAAACCCCCCUUUUUUUCCCUUUUUUAAAAAAGGGGGGGGGGUUUUUAAAUUUUUAAAACCCCCCCUUGGGGGAAAAAAAGGGGAAAAAAAAUUUUUUUUUGGGGAAAAAAAAACCCCCCCCCCCCCCCGGGUUUUUCCCCCCCCCUUUUUUCCCCCCCCCCCCCCCCCCCCCCCCCCCCCCCUUUUUUUCCCCCCCCCCCCCCCCUUUUUUUCCCCCCCCCCCCCUUUUUCUUCCCCCCCCCCCCUUUUUUCCCAAACCCCCCCCCUUUUUUUUCCCCCCCCCCCCCCCCUCGUCUUUCUUCCCCCCCCCCCCCCCCCCCUCCCCUUUUUUUUCUUCCCCCCCCCCCCCUUUUUUUUUUCCCCCCCCCCUUUUUUUUUUCCCCCCCCCCCCCCCCCUUUCCCCCCCCCCCUUUUUCCCCCAAAACCCCCCCCCCCUUUUUUUCCCCAACCCCCCCCCCGGCCCCCCCCCCCCCCCCCCCUUUUUUUUUUUCCCCUUUUUCCCCCCCCCCCCUGGCUUCCCCCCUUUUUUUUCCCCCCCCCCCCCGGGUUUUUUUCCCCCCCCCCCCCCCUUUUCUUCCCCCUCUUCCCCCCUUUUUUUUUCCCCCCCUUUUCCCCCCCCCCCUUUCCCCCCCCCCCCCCUCUGUCUGUCUCUAAAAACCCCCCCCCGGGGCCCUUUUUUCCCCCCCCCCCUCUUUUCCCCCCCCCUUUUCCUUUUUUCCCCCCCCCUCCUUUUUCCCCCCCCCCCCCCUCUUUCUUUCCCCCCCCCCCCCCCCCCCUUCCCCCCCCUCUUUUUUCCCCCCCUUUUGCCCCCUUUCCCCCCUUUUCUUCCCCCCCCCCCCCCCCCCCUCUUUUCCCCCCCCCUUUCCCCCCCCCCCCUUCCCCCCCCCCCCCUUUUUUUCCCCCCCCCCCCCUUUUUUUUUUCCCCCCUUCCCCCCCCCCCCUUUUUUUUUUUUUCCCCACCCCCUUCCCCCUUUUUUUUUCCCCCCCUCCCCCUUUUUCCCCCCCCCCCAAACCCCCCCCCCCUUUUUUUUUCCCCCCCCCUUCCCCCCUUUUUUCCCCCCCCUUCCCCCCCCCCCCCCCCUUUUUCCCCCCCCCCUUUUUUUCCUUCCCCCCCCCUUUUUUUCCCAAACCCCCCCCCCCCCCCCCCUUUCUACCCCCCCCCCCCUUUUUUUUCCCCCCCCCCCCUCUUCUGUCCUCUAACCCCCCCCCCCCUCCCCCCCCCCCCCCCCUUCCCCCCCCCCUGUCCCCACCCCCCCCUUUUCUGUCUGUCUCCCCCCCCCCCCCCUGGCCCCCCCCCCCCCCCGGUUUUUUCCCCCCCCCCCCCCCCUUUUUUUUUCCCCCCCCCCCCCCCCAACCCCCCCCCUCUCUUUCCCCCCCCCCUUUUUUUUUCCCCCCCCCCCCCUCCCCCCUCUUCCCCCCCCCCCCCCCCCCCCCCCCCUUUUUCUCCCCCCCCCCCCCCCUCUUUCCCCCUUUUUUUUCCCCCCCCCCCCCUUUUUUCCCCCCCCCCCCCCCUUUUCCCCCCCCCCCCCCCCCCUUUUUCUUCUCUUCCCCCCCCCCCCCUUUUUCUUUUCCCCCCCCCCCUUUUUUUUCCCCCCCCCCCCCCCCCCUCUUUCUUCCCCCCCCCCCCUUUUUUUUCCCCCCCCCCCUUUUUUUUCCCCCCCUUCCCCCCCCCCCCCCUUCUGUCUUUUUUCCCCACCCCCCCCCCCUUUUUUUCUUUUCCCCCCCCUUUCCCCCCCCUUUUUUUUCCCCCCCCCCCCUUUUUUUUCCCCCCCCUACCAAACCCCCCCCCCCCCCCCCCCCCCCCUCUCUGGCCCCCCCCCCCCCCCCUUUUUUUCCCCCCCCCCCCCCCCUUUUUUUUUUCCCCCCCCCUUUUUUUCUUUCUACCCCCCCCCCCCCCCUCUCCCCGGCCCCCCCCCUUUUUCCCCCCCCCCCCCUUUUUCCCCCCCCCUUUUUCCCCCCCCCCCCUUUUUGUCCUCCCCCCCCCUUUUUUUCCCCCCCCCCCCCCCCCCCCCUUUGGGCCCCCUUUUGUCUUUUAAAAAAUUUUCCCCCCCCCCCCCCUUUUUUUUUCCCCCCCCCCCCCCCAACCCCCCCCUCCUUUUUCUCUACCCCCCCCCCCUCUUCCCCCCCUUUCCCCCCCCCCCCCUUUCCCCCCUUUUUCUUCCCCCCCCUUCCCCCUUUUUUUUCCCCCCCCCCCUUCUGUCUUCUCCCCCCCCCCCCCCCUUUUUUUUAAAACCCCCCCCCUUUCCCCCCCUCCCCCUUUUUUUUUUCCCCCCCCCCCUUUUUCCCCCCCCCCUUUUUUUUUUUUCCCCCCCCCCCCUUUGCUUUUUCCCCCCCCCCCCCCUUUUUUUCCCCCCCCCCCCUUUUUUUUUCCCCCCCCCCCCCCCCCCCUUUUUUCUUUCCCCCCCCCCUCUUUUUUUCCCCCCCCCCCCCCCCCCCCCCCCUCUUUUCCCCCCCCCCCCCCCUUUUUUUUUUUCCCCCCCCCCCCCCCCCCCUUUCCCCCCCCCCCCCCUUCUUUUCCCCCCCCCCCCUUUUUCUCUUUCCCCCCCCUUCCCCCCCCCCCCUUCCCUUUCCCAAACCCCCCCCCCCUUUUUCCCCAAAACCCCCCCCUUUUUUUUCCCCCCCCCCCCCUUUCCCCCCCCCCUCUCUUUCCCCCCCCCCCCUCUUUCCCUUUUUUCCCCCCCCCUCUUCCUUUCCCCCUUUCCCCCCCCCUUUUUCUCCCCCCUUUUCCCCCCCCCCCCCCCCCUCCCUACCCCCCCUCUCUGUCCGGGUCUAACCCCAAACCCCCCCCCCUGGCCCCCCCCCCCCCUUUUUCCCCCCCCACCCCCCCCUUUGUCUUUCCCCCCCCCUUUUUUUCCCCCCCCCCCCCCCCCCCCCCCCCUUCCUUUUUUUCCCCCCCCCCCCCCCCCCUUUUUUUUCCCCCCCCCCCUUUUCUUUCCCCCCCCCCCCCCUUUUUCUUCCCCCCCCCCCCCCCUUUUCCCGGCCCCCCCCCCCCCCCCCACCCCCCCCCCCCCCCCCCUUUUUUCCCCCCCCCCCCCCCCCUUUUUUUUUCCCCCCCCCCCCCCCCCCCUUCUGUCUUUUCCCCCCCCCCCUUUUUUUCCCCCCCCCCCCCCCCUACCCCCCCCCCCCCCUCCCCCCCCCCCCCCCCCCCCCCCCCCCCCCCCCCCCUCCCCCCCCCCCCCUGUCUGUCUCUAAAACCCCCCCCUUUUUUUUCCCCCCCCCCCCCCUUUCCCCCUUUUUUUUCCCCCCCCCCCCCCCCCCCCCCCCCCCCCCCCCCCCCCCCCUUUUCCCCCCCCCCCCCCCCCCCUUUUUUUCCCCCCCCCACCCCCCCCCCCCUUUUUUUUUCCCCCCCCCCUUUUCCCCUUUUCCCCCCCCCCUUUUUUCUUCCCCCCCAAACCCCCCCCCCUCUUCCCUUUCCCCCCCCCCCCUUUUCUUUUCCCCCCCCCCCCCCCCCCCCCCUUUUUCCCCCCCCCCCUUUUGUCUUUCCCCCCCCCCCCCCUUUUUUUCUUUUCCCCCCCCCCCCUCUCCCCCCCCCCCCCCCUUUUCUCUUUCCCCCCCCCCCCCCCUUUCCCCCCCCCCCCCCCCCUUUUUUCCCCCCCCCCCCUUUUUUCCCCUAACCCCCCCCCCCCCUUUUUUUUCCCCCCCCCCCCCCCCCCCCCCCCCCCCCCCUUUCCCCCCCCCCCCCUUUUUUUUUUCCCCCCCCCCCCCCUCUCUUUCCCCCCCCCCCCCCCCCCUUCUUUUUUUCCCCCCCCCCCCCCCUUUUUCCCCCCCCCCCCCCCCUUCCCCCCCCCCCCCCUUCCCCCCCCCCCCCCCCCCCCCUUUUUUUUUCCCCCCCCCCCCCCCCCCUUUUUCCCCCCUUUCCCCCCCCCCCCCCUUCUUUUUUCCCCCCCCCCCCCCUUCCCCCUUUUCCCCCCCCCCCCCCCUUCUUUUCCCCCCCCCCCCCCCCCCCCCUUUUCCCCCCCCCCCCUUUCCCCCUUUCCCCCCUUUUUUUUCCCCCCCCCCCCCCCCCCCCCCCCCCCCCCCCUCCCCCCCCCCCCGGAAACCCCCCCCCCCGGGCCCCCCCCCCCCCCCCCCCCCCCCCCCCCCCUUUUUUUUCCCCCCCCCCCCCCCUUCCCCCCCCCUUUUCCCCCCCCCCCCCCCUUUUUUUUUCCCCCCCCCCCCCCCUUUCCCCCCCCUCUUCCCCCCCCCCCCCCCCUCCCCCCCCCCUUUCUGUCUUUCCCCCCCCCUCUUUCCCCCCCCCCUUCCCCCCCCUUUUUUUCCCCCCCCCCCCCCCCCCCCCCUCCCCCCCCCCUUCCCCCCCACCCCCCCCCCCCUUCCCCCUUUUUUUCUUCCCCCCCCCCCCCCCCCCCCCCCCCCCCUCCCUUCUUUUUCCCCCCCCCCCUUCCCCUUUUUCCCCCCCCCCCUUCUUUUUCCCCCCCCCCCCCCCCUUUUCUUCCCCCUCCCCCUUUUCUUUCCCCCCUAACCCCCCUUUUUUUUUUCCCCCCCCGGCCCCCCCUUUUUUCCCCCCCUUUUUCCCCCCCCCCCCCCCCCCCCCCCCCCCCUCUUUUUCCCCUUUCCCCCCCCCCUUUUCCCCUCUUUCCCCCCCCCCCCCCCCCCUUCCCCCCCCCCUUUCCCCCCCCCCCCCCCCCCCCUUCUGGUUUUUUCCCCCCCCCCCCCCCCUUUCUUCCCCCCCCCCCCCCCCCCCCCCCCCCCCCCCCCCCCCCCCCCCCCCCCCCCCCUUUUUUUUUUUCCCCCCCCCCCCCUUUUUUUCCCCCCCCCCCCCCCCCGGGGCUCUUCCCAAACCCCCCCCCCCCCCCCCCCCCCCCCCUUUUCCCCCCCCCUUCCCCCCCCGGCCCCCCCCCCCCCCUCUUUUUUUUCCCCCCCCCCCCCCCCCCCCCCCCUUUUUCCCCCCCCCCACCCCCCCCCCCUUUUUUUUCCCCCCCCCCCCCCCUUUUUUUUCCCCCCCCCCCCCCCCUUUUUUUUCCCCCCCCCCCCCCUUUUUUUUUUUCCCCCCCCCCUUUUUUUUUUCCCCCCCCCCCCCCCCCCCCCCCCCCCCCCCUCUCCCCCUUCCCCCCCCCCCCCCCUUUUUUCCCCCCCCCCCCCCCCCCCCUCUUCCCCUUCCCCCCCCCCCCCCCCCCCCCCCCCCCCCCCCCGGGGGGGCCCCCCCCCCCCUUUUUUUCCCCCCCCCCCCCCUUUUUUUUCCCCCAAAAACCCCCCCCCCUUUUUCUUAAACCCCCCCCCCCCCCCCCCCCCCCCUUUUUCUUCCCCCCCCCCCCUUUUUUUUUCCCCCCCCCCCCCCUUUCCUUUUCCCCCCCCCCCCCUUUUCCCCCCCCCCCCCCCCUCUUUCCCCCCCCCCCCUCCCCCCCCCCCCCCCCCCCCCUCUCUUUCCCCCCCCCCCCUCCCUUUUUUUCCCAACCCCCCCCCCCCCCCCACCCCCCCUUUUCCCCCCCCCUUUUCCCCCCCCUUUCCCCCCCCCCAACCCCCCCCCCUUCCCCCCCCCCCCCCCCCCCCCCCCCCCCACCCCCCCUUUUUUCUUUCCCCCCCCCCCCCCUUUUUUUUCCCCUUUUCCCCCCCCCCCCCCCCCCCUUCCUUUUCCCCCCCCCCCUCCCCCCCCCUUUUUUUUCCCCCCCCCCCCCCCCCUUUUUUUUCCCCCCCCCCCCCCCCCCUUCCUUUUCCCCUUUUCCCCCCCCCCCCCCUUUGGGGGUCUAAACCCCCCCCCCCCCGGGCCCCUAACCAACCCCCCUUUCCCCCCCCCCCCCCCCCCCUUCCCCCCCCCCCCCUUUUUUCCCCCUUUUUACCCCCCCCCCCGUCCCCCCCCCCCCCCCCCCCCCCCUUUUUUCCCCCCCCCCCCCCCCCCCUUUUUUUUUUUCCCCCCCCGCCCCUUUUUUUCCCCCCCCCCCCCCCCCCCCCCCCCCCCCCCCUCCUUUUUCCCCUUCCCCCCCCCCCCCCCUUUUUCUUCCCCCCCCCUUCCCCCCCUUUUCUUCCCCCCCCCCUUCCCCCCCCCUUUUUUUCCCCCCCCCCCCCCCUCUCUUUCCCCCCCCCCCUUUUUUCCCCCCCCCCCCCCCCCAAAAAACCCCCCCCCCCCCCCCCCCUUCCUUUUUUUCCCCCCCACCCCCUUUUCCCCCCCCCCCCCCCCCCCCCUUUUUUUCCCCCCCCCCCCCCCCUUCUUUUCCCCCAAAAAACCAACCCUUUUUUCCCCCCCCCCCCCCCCCCCUUCUCUACCCCCCCCCCCCCUCCCCCCCCCCGGGGGUUUUUUUCCCCCCCAACCCACCCCCCCCCCCCCUUUUUUUUUCCCCCCCCUUUUUUUCUUCCCCCCCCCCCCCUUUUUCCCCCCCCCCCCCCCCCUUCCCCCUUUUGUCCCCCCCCCUUUUUCCCCCAAACCCCCCCCCCCCAACCCCCCCCCCCCCCCCCCCCCCCCCCUUUUUUUUUCCCCCCCCCCCCCCCCCCCCUUUUUCCCCCCCAAAAACCCCCCCCCCCCCCCCCACCUUUUUCCCCCCCCCCCCCCCUUCUUUUCUUAAAACCCCCCCUUCCCCCCCGGGCUUUCCCCCCCCCCCCCCUUCCCCUUUUCCCCCCCCCCCCCCCCUCUCCUUUUAACCCCCCCCCCCUUUUUUCUGUUUAAACCCCCCCCCUUUCCCCCCCCCCCCUUUUUUUCCCCCCCCUCUUCCCCCUCUCCCCCCCCUUUUUUUCCCCCCCCCCCCCCCCCCUUCUUUUCCCCCCCUUUUUUCCCCCCCCCCUUUCCCCCCCCCCCCCCCCCCCCCCCCUUUUUCCCCCCCCCCCUUUCUUUUCCCCCCCCCCCCUCUUUUUCCCCCCCCCCCCCCUUCCCUUUUCCCCCCCCCCCUUUUCCCCCCCCCCCCCCCCCCCCCCUUUUUUCCCCCCCCCCCUUCCCCUUUCCACCCCCCCCCCCCCCCCCCUUUUUCCCCUUCCCCCCCCCCCCCCCCCUCUUUCCCCCCCAACCCCCCAAAAAAAACCCCCCCCCCCCCAAACCCCCCCCCCCCCCCCCUUCCCCCCCCCCCCUUUUUUUUUUUCCCCCCCCCCCUUUUUUUUUCCCCAACCCCCCCCCCCCCCCCCCCCCUUUUUUUUUCCCCCCCCCCCCCCCCCUCUUUUUCUUCCCCCCCUCCCCCCCCCCCCCCCUUUUCCCCCCCCCCCCCCCCCCCCCGGGCUGUCCUACCCCCCCCCCCCCCCCCCUUUUUUCCCCCCCCCCUUCCCCCCCAAAAAACCCCCCCCCCCCCCCCCCCCUUUUUUUUCCCCCCCCCCCCCCCCCCCCCUCUUUUCCCCCCCCCUUUUUCCCCCCCCCCCCCCCCCCCCCCAAAAACCCCCCCCCCCCCCCCUUUUUCCCCCCCCCCCCCCCCCCCCCCCCCCCCCCCCCCCCCGGGGCCUUUCCCCCCCCCCCCCCCCCCCCCCCUCUUUUUUCCCCCCCCCCCCCCCCCUCUUCUUUUCUCUCCCCCCCCUCCCGGGCUCUAACCCCCCCCCCCCCCCCUUUUUUUCUUCCCCCCCCCCUUUUUCCCCCUUUCCCCCCCUUUUUUCCCCCCCCCCCCCCCCCCCUCUCUGUUUUUUUCCCCCCCCCCCCUUUUUUUUCCCCCCCCCCCCCCCCCUUCCCCCCUUUUCUUUUCUCCCCCCCCCCCCCAACCCCCCCCCCCCCCUUUUGGGCCCCCCCCCCCCUUUUUUCCCCCCCCCCCCUUUUUCCCCCCCCUUCCCCCCCCCCCCCCCCCCUUUCCCCCCCCCCCCCCCCCCUUUUUUUCUUUAAAAAAACCCCCCCCUCUUUCCCCCCCUUUUUCCCCCCCCUUUCCCCCCCCCCUUUUCCCCCCCCCCCCCCCCCCCCCCCCCUUUUUUUUUCCCCCCCCCCCCCUUUCCCCCCCUUUUUCCCCCCCCCCCCCCCUCUUUCCCCCAAAAACCCCCCUCUUUCCCCCCCUUUAAAAACCCCCCCCCCCUUUCCCCCCCCCCCCCCCCCCCCCCCCCCCCCCCCUUCUGUCUUUUAAAAACCCCCCCCCCCCCCCCUUUUUUUUUUCCCCCCCCCCCCCCCCCUUUUCCCCCCCCCCUUUUUUUCCCCCCAAAACCCCCCCCCCCCCUUUUCUUCCCCCCCCCCCCCCUUUUUUCCCCCCCCCCCCCCCCCCCCGGGGCUUCCCCCCCCCCCCCCCCUUCCCCCCCCCCUUUUUUUUUUCCCCCCCCCCCCCUUCCCCCCCCCCCCCCCCCCCCCUUUUUUUCCCCCCCCCCCCCCCCCCUUUUUUUCCCCCCCCCCCCCCUCCUUUUUUCUUCCCCCCCCCUUUUCCCCCCCCCCCCCCCCCCUUCCCCCUUUUCCCCCCCCCCCCCUUUUUUCCCCCCUCUUUCUUUUUCCCCCCCCCCCCCCCCCCCCCCCCCCCCCCCUCUCUUCCCCCCCCCACCCCCCCCCCCCCCCCCCCCCUCUUGGGCCCCCCCCCCCCCCCUUUUUUUCCCCCCCCCUUUCCCGGCUUUUCCCCCCCCCCCCCCCCCCCCCCCCCCCUUUUUUGUCCCUUCCCCCCCCCCCCCCUUCCCCCCAAACCCCCCCCCCCCUCUUUGGGUUUUUUUUUAAAACCCCCCCCCCCCCCUUUCCCCCCCCCCCCCUUUGGGUUUUUCCCCCCCCCCUUUUCCCCCCUUUUCCCCCCCCCCCUUCCCCCCCCCCCUGUCUGUCCUUUUUUCUCCCCCCCCCCCCCCUUCCCCCCCCCCUUCCCCCCCCCCCCCCCCCCCCUUUUUUCCCCCCCCCCCCUCUUUCCCCCCCCCCCCCCCCCCCCCUCCCCCCCUUUUUUUUUCCCCCCCCCCCCCCUCCUUUUUUCCCAAACCCCCCCCCCCCCCUUUUUUUUUCCCCCCCCCCUUCCCCCCCCCUUUUUUUUUUCCCCCCCCCCCCCCCCCCCCGCCCAACCCCCCCCCCCCUUUUUUUCUUUUCCCCCCCCCCCUUUUUUUUUCCCCCCCCCCCCUUUUCUGUCCUUUUUUCCCCCCCCCCCCGGGCUUUUCCCCCCCCCCCUUUUCCCCCCCCAAAAACCCCCCCCCCCCCCUUUUUUUCUUCCCCUCCCCCCCCCCCCUUCCCAAAAACCCCCCCCCCCUUUUGUCUUUCCCCCCCCCCCCCCUCCCCCCCCCCCCCCCCCCUUUUUUUUUUUUCCCCCCCCCCCCCCCCCCCCCCCCCCCCUUUUUUCCCCCCCCCCUUCCUUUUUCCCCCCCCUUUUUAAAACCCCCCCCGGGGGGGACCCCCCCCCCCUUCCCCCCCCCCCCCCCUUUCCCCCCCCCCUUUCCCCCCCCCCAAACCCCCCCCUUUUUUCUUCCCUCCCCCCCCCCCCCCCCUUUUUUUUUCCCCCCUACCCCCCCCCCCCCCCCCCCUUUUCCCCCCCCCCCCCUCUUUCCCCCUUUUUCCCCCCCCCCCUUUUUUUUUCCCCCCCCCCCCCCUUCCCCCCUUUUCCCUUUUUCUCCCCCCCCCCCCCCCUUUUUCCCCCCUACCCCCCCCCCCCCCCCCCCCCCCCCUGUCUUUCCCCCCCCUUCCCCCCCCCCCCCCCCCCCCCCUUUUUUUUUCUCUAACCCCCCCCCCCCUUUUCUUCCCCCUUUCCCCCCCCCCCCCCCCCCCCCCCCCCCCCUUUUCUUCCCCCACCCCCCACCCCCCCCCCCCCUUUUUUUUUUUUUCCCCCCCCCCUUUUUUAAAAGGGGGCCCCCCCCCCCCCUUUCCUCCCUUUUUUUUCCCCCCCUUUUUUUUUUUAAAAAAAAAACCCCUUUUUUCCCCCUUUUUUUUUCCCCCCCCCCCCUUUUUCCCCCCCCCCUUUUUUUUUUUCUUCCCCAAAAUUUUUUUUUCCCCCAAAAAACCCCCCCCUUUUUGGGUUUUCCCCCCCUUUUCCCCCCCCCCCGGGGCCCCCCUCAAACCCCCCCCCCCGGGGGGUUUUUACCCCCCCAAUUUUUGGGGCCCCCCCCCCCCCCCAAACCCCCCCCCCCUCCCCCCCCCCCCCCCCCGGUUUUUUUCCCCCCCCCCCCCCCUUUUUUCCCCCCCCCCCCCCCCCAGGUUUUUUAAAAAAUUUUUUUUUUUUUUAAAAAACCCCCCCCGGGGGGGUUUCCCCUUUUUUUCAAAAUUUUUUUUUUGGCCCAAAAAAAAACCCCCCCCCUUUUUUGGGGCCCAAAUUUUUUUUAAAAAAAUUUUUUUUUUCCCGGGGGGAAAUUUUUUCCCCCCCAAACCCCAAGGGUUUUUUAAAGGGGAAACCCCCCCCCCCCCCCCCCUCUCUCUCCCGGACUCCCCCAUCGCUCUAUGUCUCUGGAAUGCCUGAUAUUUUUGUUGAUGUUGUCAUCUCCAUUGGAGACGAGCAGUGUAUUGUUGGGUGCCAGUCUGUUUAACUCAUUGUCACUCCAAACAUGACAAUAAGUGACAAGGAGUUGGCAUAAGAACACAAACGGAUCUGGGACCAGGCUAUAUUGUUGGACAACUUUAACCUCCUUUCAGUUCAGACUAAUUAUAAUUUGUGUCUCUCUCCAGAGGUGACAUUAUUCAGCCCGUCCCAGAUAUCGGACAAGGUUCUGUUGAGGAUUCUGAGACACCCAGACGUCAUCCAGGAGAUUAAGUUCAACGACAGUGACAAACGCUGUCCUCAACACUUUGUCUACCAAAGAGGGAAGGCUGUCGACUACUUCAUACUCAUACUGCAGGUAGGCUACACACACACACACACACACACACACCACACACACACUCACACACACACACACUCUGUCUUUCUGUCUGUCUCUCUUUCUGUGAAUCAGUCAGUGGUUGAUUCAAAGAGUCACCAUCGUGACAUUCCCACAUGAAAGGUUCCUCCUUAGUUUUUUAUAUAAGUCAUCACUUCCUCUCUUCAUACUGGCCUGGAUUAGACCCGAGCAACUCUCUAACAUCUCAGUGUUUCUCAGUGUUGAACGCAGCUAUGUCCUGCUACUCGUAACCGAUGGCAACUCCCUGCCCUGCCUCGACAGUGGGUCCGCAAAGCGUUUUCUUAUUUAAACAGGCACUGGGUUGCCAUCGGUUACGGGUGGAGGGAGGCUCUAUGUCAAUCAACCACACAGCCAGAUGAACCAUCCUGUUUAAGGACUGUUGUGAAAGCCGCCACUGGCCUCACGCAAGGCCCUCACACCUACACUCUCUCCAACAUAUUGCUCUCCGGAAGCAGAGUAGAAGAGACGAGGAGGCCACUUUAGACUAUUGAGAUGAGACGAGGAGGCCACUUUAGACUAUUGUGAUGAGACGAGGAGGCCACUUUAGACUAUUGAGAGGAGACGAGGAGGCCACUUUAGACUAUUGAGAGGAGACGAGGAGGCCACUUUAGACUAUUGAGAUGAGACGAGGAGGCCACUUUAGACUAUUGAGAUGAGACGAGGAGGCCACUUUAGACUAUUGAGAUGAGACGAGGAGGCCACUUUAGACUAUUGAGAUGAGACGAGGAGGCCACUUUAGACUAUUGAGAGGAGACGAGGAGGCCACUUUAGACUAUUGAGAGGAGACGAGGAGGCCACUUUAGACUAUGGAGAUGCAGGGGGUAUAUACAGGGGUUGGGCUGGGCGAUAUGGCCAAAAAAUCAUAUCUCAAUUUUUUUUCACAUUUAGGGGCGAUUCACAAUAUAUAUAUUUUCAUGUUUUCUCUAAAUAAGCUUUGUUGUACAAUUAAAGGUAAAAUACACUGCAUUUCAAACAGUCAGCAAUAAUAUUGAAUUCAGGGCUUGUGAAAUUAUACCUAGGUUAAAUAUAACCCUUCCAUGACCAUAAGACCCACUAAUAAUGUAAUUAUUUUAUCAAAAUAGUUUAACCUGCUUUUCUGCAAUAAUCACUGAUCUGGCUUUCAAGUCUGUCUAUGAACAUUACCUUUUUGUUACAAAUCUAACCAGAACCAUGUAUAAUGCACAUCCACUAAUAAUGACUAACUUCUUGUAGCAGGCAUUAUAGACAAUUGACACAGGUCUUAUAAACAAUCCCUCAAGCACAAGCCCACGUGCUAGUGAGUAGGCAGCUAAUCUUUAUAUUUCAAGUUUAGCCAAUUUAGAUCUAUUUGCUAGCUAACAAGGUAGAACAGUUUAAUUGUUAUGAACACACCCUUCUGUCCAUCUCCCAACUGUUUGAUCGGCAUGCUAGCCUGUCCACUUUGUUCAGAUGUUGAAAUCAAGUUGCCAUUCUUAUUUCCCACAGUUAUCAAGUUGGCUGGAUGUCCUUUGGGUGGUGGACCAUUCUUGACACACACAGGAAACUGUUGAGCGUGAAAAACCCAGCAGCAUUGCAGUUCUUGACACACUCAAACCGGUGCACCUGGCAUCUACUACCAUACCCCGUUCAAAGGCACUUAAAUAUUUUGUCUUGCCCAUUCACCCUCUGAAUGGCACACAUACACAAUCCAUGUCUCAAUUGUCUCGAGGCUUAAAUAUCCUUCUUUAACCUGUCUCCUCCCCUUCAUCUACACUGAUUUAAGUGGAUUUAACAAGUGACAUCAAUAAGGGAUCAAAGCUUUCACCUAGAUUCACCUGGUCAGUCUAUGUCAUGGAAAGAGCAGGUGUUCUUAAUGUUUUGUUCACUCAGUGUAUAGGGAGUAGAAUAUAACAUGGCUAUAUACAGGGAGUAUAAGGGAGGGAGGGAGAGAGAGAAGAAGAGGGGGAGAGAGAGAAGAAGAGGGAGAGAGGGAGACAUAGGGUCCAGAGGGGCCUUCGCUAAUCGAUCCCUCUUACGUAAAGGAGAGGGGGAGAGAGGGAGGAGGAGAGAGGGAGGAGGAGAGAGGGAGGAGGAGAGAGGGAGGGAGGAGGAGAAAGGGGGAGGAGGAGAGAGGGGGAGGAAGAGAGUGGGAAAGGGGGAGGAGGAGAGAGGGGGAGGAAGAGAGUGGGAUAGAGGGAGGGGAGAGAGGGAGGAGGAGAGAGGGUAGAGGAAGAGAGUGGGAGAGAGGGAGGAGGGGAGAGGGAGGAGGAAAGAGGGAGGGGAGAGGAGGAGAGAGCGAGGGAGAGAGGGAGGAGGAGAGGGGGAGACACCAUGCGUGCCACGCUGUCAGUCAGCUGUGUAUCAAUAUGCUAAUACCAACUGUUAUCUAACCCCCAGCUAGCCUCUGUACCACUCUGUGUAGAAACUCACACUCACACACACUGUUUUCCCAUAAAUCAGUUAUGGAAUUAGUCUCCAAACAGUCAUUAGCCAGCGCCAGUAACCCAGGGAUCAUUAGGCUCAGCUCGUUAGCCCCCCACCCCCUACCUCAUCAUGAUGUUAUCUACUCAGGUGAAAUAAUCCAUAGAGAUACACUGCAUGGCCAACAGUAUGUGGACACCUGCUUGUCAAACAUCUUUUUCCAAAAUCAUGGGCAUUAAUAUGGAGUUGGUCCCCCCUUUGCUGCUAUAACAGCCUCCACUCUUAUGGGAAGGCUUUCCACUAGAUGUUGGAACAUUGCUGUGGGGACUUGCUUCCAUUCAGCCACAACAGCAUUAGUGAGGUCGGGCACUGAUGUUAGGCGAUUAGGCCUGGCUCGCAGUCGGCGUUCCAAUGCAGGUGUUCGAUAGGGUUGAGGUCAGGGCUCUGUGCAGGCCAGUCAAGUUCUUCCACACCAAUCUCGACAAACCAUUUCUGUAUGGACCUCGCUUUGUGCACAGGGGCAUUGUCAUGCUGAAACAGGAAAGGGCCUUCCCCAAACUGUUGCCGCAAAGUUGGAAGCACAGAAUCAUCUAGAAUGUCAUUUUAUGCUGUAGAGUUAAGAUUUCCUGGAACUAAGGGGCCUAUCCCGAACCAUAAAAAACAGCCCCAGACCAUUAUUCCUCCUCCACCAAACUUUACAGUUGGCAUUAUGCAUUGGGGCAGGUAGCGUUCACCUGGCAUCCAUCAAACCCAGAUUCGUCCUUCGGACUGCCAGAUGGUGAAGCGUGAUUCAUCACUCCAGAGAACACGUUUCCACUGCUCCAGAGUCCAAUGGCGGCGAGCUUUACACCACUCCAGCCGAUGUUUGUCAUUGCGCAUGGUGUUCUUAGGCUUGUGUGUGGCUGCUCGGCCAUUGAAACCCAUUUAAUGAAGCUCCCAAAGAUCAGUUAUUGUGCUGACGUUGCUUCUAGAGGCAGUUUGGAACUCGGUUGUGAGUGUUGCAAUCGAGGACAAAUUAUUUUUACACGCUGCGCGCCUCAGCACUCGGCGGUCCAGUUCUGUGAGCUUGUGUGGCCUACCACUUCGCGGCUCAGCCGUUGUUGCUCCUAGACGUUUCCACUUCACAAUAACAGCACUUACAGUUGACUGGGGCAGCGCAGAAAUUUGAAGAACUGACUUGUCCUAUGACGUGCCAUGUUGAAAGUCACUGAUUGCUUCAGUAUGGGCCAUUCUACUGUCAACGUUUGUCUAUGGAGAUUGCAUGGCUGUGUGCUCAAUUUUCAUACACCUGUCAGUAAUGGGUGUGGCUGAAAUAGCCAAAUCCACUAAUUUGAAGGGGUGUCCACAUACUUUUUAGUGUAUGUUUAGGGGUGUGGGCAGUGGUGGGUGGGAGAGCACUGUCAUAUAGAGCCUGUCAACAAUAGAAUGUUAGGAGGUGGAGCCUGUCAACAAUAGAAUGUUAGGAGGUGGAGCCUGUCAACAAUAGAAUGUUAGGAGGUGGAGCCUGUCAACAAUAGAAUGUUAGGAGGUGGAGCCUGUCAACAAUAGAAUGUUAGGAGGUGGAGCCUGUCAACAAUAGAAUGUUAGGAGGUGGAGCCUGUCAACAAUAGAAUGUCAUCCUCUUGUAAUUUUGUUGACAGUUGCUCUUGCAAAUACUGUUCUACUGCUACAGUGGGAUUGGUCUAUUGGCAAAAGAAAGGUAGGAACAGAAAGGAGAUGGAAAGAGAAGAGAUUUUAUUUGUGGUAUUAUGACAUAGACGUGGUCAUGAAUGAAUGAAUUGGUUGUUGUUGGAAGUGUGUGUGUGUGUGGGUUGCAUUUGUUAAUAGCGUGGGAGCAGAGUCAUGAGAAAUAGGAGCGUUCUCUUUCAGAUAAUCUCCCUCCGCCCCAAUCUGCAUUCCACCUAUACUACAGCUACGUGAGUGUGUAUGUGCUUUUGUGGUGUGUGUGUGUGUGUGUGUGUGUGUGUGUGUGACUGCGUCCUUCCUGUUACAGACCAUUACAUAGGCCUAUUUUUGGUUGGUUGUUUGUUCAUGUCUGCUCCCAGACAUCAGUGAUCUCUGUUUCCAGAAUAUUGUCAUCAGCAAUCAAAUAUUUGUCCCUUGGGGAGAGGGAGAGGGAGAGGGAGAGAGGGAGAGGGAGAGAGGGAGGAGGAGAGAGGGAGAGGGAAGAGUGAGAGGGGAGGAUAAAAGGCUAGGCGGUCUCUUUCUGCUCUCGGGGCGGGGAUUUUCUCCUUUCUCUUCCAGUCUCCUCGUUCCCCUCGCUUGUACGGGGCCUCGGUCCAGGAUACUCCUGGUAGCUGCGUGUUUUUUCGUCCGGUCUCGCUCAUUUUCUGCAAAUUCUCGAUCUCCCCAUCCUUCGAGAGGGACGAGAUUGGCAGUUUGGGAGUUGGUUUAUUGGGUUUUAGUCCCUAGUAGCUGGUCACACUCAUCACUGAUUUCACCGUAUGCAACACGUACCCUCGUAGUCGCCAUUAUUAUAAACCCCUUUUAAAAAACAAAAAAAACCCCUUUGGGGGGGCAUUUUAAAGGGAUUCCCAAACAACAGUUAUAAGGAAACUCCGAGAUUCCCGCUUGAAUAAAAGGAAUUUUGCAAAAUUUUUCCAUAUUUCAAAACGUUUUACCCACACACCCCAAAAAAAAAAACGGGGCCCUGAAGUUUUCCAAAAAAGAACAGAUAACCAAAAAGGACAUUUUAAAAACCCCGAGAAUCCCUUCCUGGUUAAGUGUGUUUUUGUUGGAAUAAAAAAUUCAAUUAAUAACCAAUAAAAGGGCCACCUCUUUUUCCCUCCUAAAUUUUCUUUCUCUCCGGCUACUUCUCUCUUGGUUCCCCAAAAAAAUAUGUUUGGGUUGGUGGGGUUUGGGGGGUUUGUGGGGGGGGGGUUUUGGGGGGGUUGGGUGGAAAAUUUUGAGGGGGGGGAAAAGAACUUUAUUCCCCCUUCCCCCUCCCCCCCCCCCCCCCCCCCCCCCCCCCUUCAAACCCCCCCCUUUUAAAACAAAACCCUUUGGGAAAAAUUUUUUUUUUUUUUUUUUUUUUUUUUUUUAAACCGAUUAAAGGUUUUUUUAAACUCCAACCCCCCCCCCGGGGCCCCGGUUUUUUAUCAAAGUACCCAGCCCUUUGAAAGUCAAAAAUUUUAUUUAAAUAGGCUUUUUUUACAAAACACACAAAACCCCCAACAAAAACCGGGGGUUUUCAUCAAUUUUAAAAAUUUCCUAUCCAAAAAUACCCUUUUAAUUUUUAAAAAGUUUGUGUUUUCUUGUUUGGAGUUAAAAUGUGCAAAAAUUUUGUCCCCCCAGUAACAAAUAACAAGUUCACCCCCCUUUUUUCCCCCUUUCUUUCCCUUCUGGUUUUUCAAAAAUUUUUCCCGUCAGUAAACAAAAACUUUUCCAAGGGGUAUUGGGUUCCUUCACAUUUUUUUUGGGUUGUGUUUGUGGGGUUGUUUGUGCCAAAACCCUGUGGUGUGUCCCCUUGUCCCCGUCCCACCCCCUCCCCCUCCCUUUUCCAAACCCUCCCCCCCCAUCCCCCCCCCCCCCCCCCCCCCCUCCCUCCCACAAAACAACCCCCCAACCCCUCCCCCCCACCCCACCCCCCCCCCCCCCUUCUCCCCACCCCUCCCCCCCCCCAAAACCCCACCCCCCACCCCCCCCCCCUUUUUUUUUUUCCCCUUUUUUCUACCCCCCCCCCCAAACACCAAAUGCACCCACAAUUACCCCCCUGGCACACACACCCCAACACCACACACCACACACCCCACACACCACCACACACCACCAACACACAACACCCUCCACCCCACACCACCCACACCCUCCACCCCACCCCAAACCCCACAACCCCAACCCCCACCCACACCCACACCACACCCCACAAAACCCCCACCCCCCCCCCACACACACCCCACCCACACCUCCCACCCCCUCCCACCCCCAACCCACCCCCCUCCCCCCCCCCCAAACCUCCUCCCCCACCACACCACUACCACACUCCCAAACACACACACACUCACACUCCCAACACACACACACACUCACUCACACUCCUUACCCCCCCUCACUGGCCCUGUCCCGUCCGGCGAUCUCUCUGUGACAAAACAUUCAGAGAGGUCUCCUUACCCCCCUCACUGGGGUUGUUGUUGUUGUUUGUCCCUAAUCCAUUGUCUGUGUUUCUCAGGGUCGGGUGGAGGUGGAGGCCGGGAACGAGAACAUGAAGUUUGAGACGGGACCCUUCUCCUACUACGGGGUCAUGGCCCUCAGUGCUCCCACAUUAGGUGAGUCCUCGCUCUCCUCCAUUACUCUGUCUGUUUCUCUCCUAUCUCUCCCAAUUCAAAUAUCUCUCUCUCAAUUCAAUUUAAGGGGCUUUAUUGGCAUGGGAAACAUAUGUUAACAUUGCCAAUGCAAGUGAAAUAGAUAAUAAACACAAGUGAAAUUAACAAUAAAAAAUAAACAGUAAACAUUACACUCAGAAGUUCCAAAAGAAUAAAGACAUUUCAAAGGUCAUAUUAUGUCUAUAUACAGUGUUGUAACAAUGUGCAAAUAGUUCAAGUACAAAAGGGAAAAUAAAUAAACAUAAAUAUAGGUUGUAUUUACGAUGGUGUUUGUUCUUCACUGGUUGCCCUUUUCUUGUGGCAACAGGUCACAAAUAUUGCUGCUGUGAUGGCGCACUGUGGUAUUUCACCGAAUAGAUAUGGGAGUUUAUCAAAAUUGGAUUUGUUUUUCGAAUGUGGGUCUGUGUAAUCUGAGGGAAAUGUGUCUCUAAUAUGGUCAUACAUUUGGCAGGAGGUUAGGAAGUGCAGCUCAGUUUCCACCUCAUUUUGUGGGCAGUGUGCACAUAACCUGUCUUCUCUUGAGAGCCAGGCCUGCCUACGGCAGCCUUUCUCAAUAGCAAGGCUAUGCUCACUGAGUCUGUACAUAGUCAAAGAUUUCCUUAAUUUUGGGUCAGUCACAGUGGUCAGGUAUUCUUCCACUGUGUACUCUCUGUUUAGCGCCAAAUAGCAUUCUAGUUUGCUCAGUUUUUUUGUAAAUUCUUUCCAAUGUGUCAAGUAAUUAUCUUUUAGUUUUCUCAUGAUUUGGUUGGGUCUAAUUGUGUUGCUGUCCUUGGGCUCUGUGUGGUCUGUUUGUGUUUGUGAACAGAGCCCCAGGACCAGCUUGCUUAGGGGGCUCUUCUCCAGGUUCAUCUCUCUGUAGGUGAUGGCUUUGUUAUGGAAGGUUUGGGAAUCGCUAACUUUUAAGUGGUUGUAGAAUUUAACAGCUCUUUUCUGGAUUUUGAUCAUCAGCGGGUAUCGGCCGUAGUCUCAAUUUGGUGUUUGUCCCAUUUUGUGAAUUCUUGGUUGGUGAGCGGACCCCAGACCUCACAACCAUAAAGGGCAAUAGGUUCUAUAACUGAUUCAAGGAUUUUUAGACAGAUCCUAAUUGGUCCUGGCAACUGGACAUUUUUUGGAACACCAUUAUUUUUGUCUUACUGAGAUUUACUGUCAGGGCUCAGGUCUGACAGAAUCUGUGCAGAGGAUCUAGGUGCUGCUGUAGGCCCUCCUUGGUUGGGGACAGAAGCACCAGAUCAUCAGCAAACAGUAGACAUUUGACUUCAGAUUCUAGUAGGGUGAGGCCGGGUGCUGCAGACUGUUCUAGUGCCCUCGCCAAAUCGUUGAUAUAUAUGUUGAAGAGGGUGGGGCUUAAGCUGCAUGCCUGUCUCAACCCACGGCCCUGUGGAAAGAAAUGUGUGAAUUUUUUGCCAAUUUUAACCGCACACUUGUUGUUUGUGUACAUGGAUUUUAUAAUGUCGUAUUUCUUCCCCCCAACACCACUUUCCAUCCGUUUGUAUUGCAAGCCUUCAUGCCAAAUUGAGUCAAAAGCUUUUUUGAAAUCAGCAAAGCAUGAGAAGACUUUGCCUUUGUUUUGGUUUGUUUGUUUGUCAAUUAGGGUGUGCAGGGUGAAUACGUGGUCUGUCGUACGGCAAUUUGACAAAAACCCAAUUUGACGUUUGCUCAAUACAUUGUUUUCGCUGAGGAAAUGUAAGAGUCUGCUGUUGAUGAUAAUGCAGAGGAUUUUCCCAAGGUUGCUGUUGACGCAUAUCCCACGGUAGUUAUUGGGGUAAAAUUUGAUUCCAGUUUUGUGGUUUGGGUUGAUCAGUCCUUGGUUCCAAAUAUUAGGGAAUAUGCCAGAGCUGAGGAUGAUGUUAAAGAGUUUAAGUAUAGCUAAUUGAAAUUUGUGGUCUGUAUAUUUUAUCAUUUCAUUGAGGAUACCAUCAACACCACAGGCCUUUUUGGGUUGGAGGGUUUGUAUUUUGUCCUGUAGUUCAUUCAAUGUAAUUGGAGAAUCCAGUGGGUUCUGGUAGUCUUUAAUAGAUGAUUCUAAGAUUUUGCAUUUGAUCAUUUGCUGUUUCAUUUGCUGAAUCCAGUGGGUUCUGUAUGUUUUUGCUGUUUGUUCUAUGUUAUAGGGCCAAAAAGAUUGAAGUGGUUUAUCCAUACAUCUCUGUUUUGGAUAGAUAACUCUUCGUGUUGUUGUUUGUUUAGAGUUUUCCAAUUUUCCCAGAAGUGGUUUGAUUCUAUGGAUUCUUCAAUUACAUUGAGCUGAUUUCUGACGUGCUGUUCCUUCUUUUUCCAAAGUGUAUUUCUGUAUUGUUUUAGUGUUUCACUAUAGUGAAGGCGUAGACUCAGGUUUUCUGGGUCUCUGUUUUUGGUUGGAUAGGUUUCUCAAUUUCUUUCUUAGGUUGUUGCAUUCGUUAUCAAACCAUUUGUCAUUGUUAUUAAUUUUCUUAGUUUAUCUGCUUGAAAUGUUUAGAUUUGAUAGGGAAGCUGACAGUUCAAAUAUACUGUUUAGGUUUUCUACUGCCAAGUGUACACAUUCGCUAUUAUAGUGAAACAUUUUGUCCAGGAAGUUGUCUAGAAGGGAUUCAAUUGGUUGUUUCCUAAUAGUUAAUAAUAGUUAUUGUAUACGCUUCCACACUACAUCCCUUCCAUUUAUAGCAUGUCUUAAUAUUAUUCAGUUCCUUUGGCUUUGAUGCCUCAUGAUUGAGCAUAGCUUUGUUCAAGUAGAGUGUGAUUUUGCUGUGAUCUGAUAGGGGUGUCAGUGGACUGACUGUGAACGCUCUAAGAUACUCUGGGUUGAGGUCAGUGAUAAAGUAGUCUACAGUGGUCUAAGGCACUGCAUCGCAGUGCUAGCUGUGCCACUAGAGAUCCUGGUUCGAAUCCAGGCUCUGUCGUAGCCGGCCGCGACCGGGAGACCAGUAGCGUAUUUCUUUCAUGUAGCCAGUGCUUUUGAAUACCUGAAGUGAAGUCAGCAGGGGCAAUGAGUUCAGGAAUUAUACACACCAAUGGUUUUGUUUCUCAAAACUAUUUUUCCUGAUGAACUUUGAACUCUGUGGCUCUGCCUGUCUACCUCUCUUCCUCAUUUCUCUCACUCUCUCUCUCUCUACCUCUACCUCUCUUCCUCAUUUCUCUCACUCUCUCUCUUCCUCAUUUCUCUCACUCUCUCUCUCUCUACCUCUACCUCUACCUCUCUUCCCUCACUCUCUCUACCUCUACCUCUCUUCCUCAUUUAUCUCACUCUCUCUACCUCUGUCUCUCACUCGCUCUCUCUACCUCUCGCUCUCGCUCUCAAUUCAAUUUCAAUUUAAGGGCUUUAUUGGCAUGGGAAACGUAUGUUAACAUUGCCAAAGCAGGUGAAGUAGAUAGUAAACAAAAGUGAAAUAAACAAUAAAAAUGAACCGUAAAAAUAAAGACAUUUCAAAUGCCAUAUUAUGUCUAUAUACAGUGUUGUAACGAUGUGCAAAUUGUUAAAGUACAAAUGGGAAAAUAAAUAAACAUAAAUAUGGGUUGUAUUUACAAUGGUGUUUGUUCUUCACUGGUUGCCCUUUUCUUGUGGCAACAGGUCACAAAUCUUGCAGCUGUGAUGGCACACUGUGGUAUUUCACCCAAUAGAUAUGGGAGUUUAUCAAAAUUGGGUUUGUUUUCAAAUUCUUUGUGGAUCUCUGUAAUCUGAGGGAAAUAUGUGUCUCUAAUAUGGUCAUACAUUUGGCAGGAGGUUAGGAAGUGCAGCUCAGUUUCCAUCUCAUUUUGUGGGCAGUGUGCACAUAGCCUGUCUUCUCUUGAGAGCCAGGUCUGCCUACGGUGGCCUUUCUCAAUAGCAAGGCUAUGCUCACUGAGUCUGUACAUAGUCAAAGCUUUCCUUAAGUUUGGGUCAGUCACAGUGGUCAGGUAUUCUUCCACUGUGUACUCUCUGUUUAGGGCCAAAUAACAUUCUAGUUUGCUUAGUUUUUUUUGUUAAUUCUUUCAAAUGUGUCAAGUAAUUCUCUUUUGGUUUUCUCAUGAUUUGGUUGGGUCUAAAUGUGUUGUUGUCCUGGGGCUCUGUGGGGUCUGUUUGUGUUUGUGAACAGAGCCCCAGGACCAGCUAGCUUCGCGUGCUCUAGGGCAACGGUGUCUAGAUGGAAUUUGUGUUUGUGGUCCUGGCAACUGGACGUUUUUUGGAACACCAUUAUUUUUGUCUUACUGAGAUUUACUGUCAGGGCUCAGGUCUACCUCACUCUCUCUGUCCUUACAGAGUGUUUUGUCUCUCACUCACUUGUUUGUCUCUAUUCAUACUUCUCUCCUUUUUCCUUCUCUCUCUUUCACCUGUUUGUUUUAAUCUGAGAAUAAUGUAUCCCACACCUACAGCUCAAAUCAAACAGAGAUUCUCUCUUUUACUGUCACAUGUAAUGCGACCUGUAAGUGUGAGUCAAGGAAUGGUUUAACUAAGUACUUUUACAUGUAUAUUUUCCACCUUGGUUACUCAAAACCACGCUAGCCUGGGCUGUCGCUAGUGGGCUUUGUGGAUCUCCACUAUCGUCUGGGCUUGAUGUGGCCUGCCGGUAAUACACUUGUGUCCCCCGGCGGCCGGUUCGUACAUAAAACAUUCUCCAUUCAGGCUGCAAAGGCUUCGAUUUCCUCCUUAACUAGAUUUAAUGGCGAGAAUGCGAGAAAAAAAACGGUGAAAAUAUGCGUACUUUCCUUAUGAAACACAAUUUCCCACCACCAUACUAGUGGCUAAUGCCUAAGAAUGCCACUUCCUGAUUUUGUGCCCCGCGUUCAGCUAGGCGUAAACAGACUGCUGCCAACUUGUUUGGCUGAACAUGAUAUGCCACAUUCGGGACUAGCAUUCCUAGUUAAGGAGGAAAUCGAAGCCUUUGCAACCUGAAAGGAGACUGUUUUCUGUACGAACCGGUCGCUGGGGGACACCAGUGUAGUAGCCCAGACAAUAGUGGAGAUCCGAAAUCCCGGUUGAAGGUUUCCCGCAUUCAGAAGGGAAUAAACAGGAAAUACCGACUCCUCCAACCAGGAUUUCUGGAAAUACAGGGAAUUUUAUGAAAUUUCCCGAAAUUUUUAACCCCUCUCAUGCCCUCUCUUUCUCUCUCUCUCUCUCUCGCUCGCUCUCUCGCUCUUUCUCUCGCUCUCUGUCUCUCUCUCUUUCUGUCUCUCUCUUGCUCUCUCUCUCGCUCUCCCUCUCUCUCUUUGUCUCUCUCGCUCUCUCUCUCUCUCUUUGUCUUCUCGCUCUCUCUUUCUCCCUCUCUCUCUCUCUCUCUCUGUCUCUCUCUCUUUCUGUCUCUCUCUUGCUCUCUCUUUCGCUCUCCCUCUUUGUCUCUCUCACUCUCUCUUUGUCUCUCUCGCUCUCUCUUUCUCCCUCUCUCGCUCUUUCGUUCUCUCUCUCUCUCUCUCUCUCUCUCUCUCUCUCUCUCUCUCUCUCUCUCUCUCUCUCUCUCGAUGUCUCUCGCUCUCCCUGUCUCUGUCUCUCUCGCUCUCGCUCUCCCUGUCUCUGUCUCUCUCCCUGUCUCUCUUGCUCUCCCUGUCUUUCUUUGUCUCUCGCUCUUUCUCUCGAUCGCUCUCUCUUUCUCUCUACCUGUCUCUCGCUCUCCGUGUCUCUCUCUCUCGCUAUUUCUCUCGAUCGCUCUCUCUCUCUCUCGCUCUCUCUCUCUGUACCUCUGUUUCCUCACUCUCCUCUCCUUUUCUUCCGCUAUUCUUUCUCUACCUUCCUCUUCUCUUUCCUCUCCUCUCUCUCUCUCUCUCUCGCUCUUUCUCACGAUUGCUCUGUCUCUCUCUCUCUCCCUGUCUCUCGUUCUCCCUGUCUCUCCAUCUCUCUCUCUCUCUCUCUGUCUCCUCUCUCUCUCUCUCUCUCUCUCUCUGUCUCUCUCUCUCUCUCGCUCUUUCUCUCGAUCGCUCUCUCUCUCUCUUUCUCUCGAUCUCUCUCUCUCUCUCUCUCGAUCUCUCUCUCUCUCUCUCUCUGUACCUCUUUGUUUCCUCACUCUCCUCUCCUUUUCUUCUCUUUCUCUAUCUUCCUCUACCUCUUCUCUUUCCUCUCCUCCCUCCAUCUCGCUCUCCUUUCUGUCUUUCAUCUCCUCCUUCCAUCUGUCUCUCCAUCUGUCUCUCUCAGUGGUGUCAUCUCGUCCUCGUCACCUCUCUCUAAAGAGGUUCUCUCUGUUCUCCAGGUUGCCAGGUAACCUCCGGCAUGUCUGGGCAAUGGGGAAACAUUUAACUGUAACACCCAGGUUGGGGAAGAAUAUAACCGUAACACCCACUACUUUAUCCUACUUUAUGUAGUAGUUUUAUAGAAAAUGGUAGUGACUACUGAGUAGUCUACAGGAUCACCAGCAUCAGUUACACACAAACCUUCACCAAUCAAAAAUGCUACCAAACGCUGACGGUGCAAGGAAACUUGCCGUCCUAUAUUACUUCUGUUUCUAGCCUUCAUCUGCAAUUUAAAUCAACAAGUCUCAGGCUAACUGCUAACUCUCAUUAGCUUUGGUGGAGUGUGGAGGACUCUGUUGCACCAGAAGAGAAACUAUACCCCAUUUUGAUAAUACCAGGUAAUGUGUCUUCCUGGCCUGCAGAGGGCAUUGCAGUGGUUAGCAGUUUGUUGAUAUGAUUGGUAGUAAUCUACCUUAAGGCAGACUGCCCGUGGGGUUGGCAACUUGGCAUCCGCAUGCCCAGGGCUAAGACUGGCACGGCCCUUUCUCCACCUUGCAUCACAGGCCAGGGUUAAUGUUGCAGAAACUGGAAGCUGGGUGUCUUCUCAGCCUGUUAUUGGCUGAGUGGUUGACAAGCAGAUCUUCAGCUGUUAGACUCUGCAUCACUCUGUGUUCCCGUCACGCCUGACAAUCAUGCAUCUCACCUGCAGUACUGCACUGGCACAAACCAACUGACACACACACACACACACACGUUGGAUGUCACACACUCAUGCAAGUUCUUCACACUUUGAAAUACAGUGUGGUUGGUUGCUAUAUGCAAGCUCUAAAGAUUAGGUCCACCUGCAGAACGCCUCUAAGGUGUUUUAUAAAUCCAUGUGGAUACACUUUACUGAGGCACUGGCAUCGCGUGUUAUUCAAUGGCAUUGUGUGUUAUUCAAUGGGUGCCAGAUGUUGUGAGCAGCGCCACCUGGUGGUAUUAGUGUGAAAUGAACAGAUUUCUAAUUUUUGAGGUGUGUUUCACCGCGUGUAGAAACUAGUAUUAAACCUUCUGACUCCCUCUAACAGCUCUCUAACAGCUCUCUAACAGCUCUCCCUAACAGCUCUCUCUAACAGCUCUCUCUAACAGCUCUCUCUAACAGCUCUCCCUAACAGCUCUCUCUAACAGCUCUCUCUAACAGCUCCCUCUAACAGCUCACUCUAACAGCUCUCCCUAACAGCUCUCCCUAACAGCUCUCCCUAACAGCUCUCUCUAACAGCUCUCUCUAACAUGGAUGGAUAUUUGUGAUUUUGGUUAUGUGUUAGCUCUGACAAGUCUCUUGUCUCUCUCUGUCCAUCCAGUUGACAUGCCCAUUACUGCAUUAACUGUGUAUUGGCCUCUAGAAGGCACCUUUGCCUGGUUUGGCAGUGGCAUGCAAAUUUUUCACAGAUUUAGCCUACCAUUUCAUUAACACAGUUUUACGUGUUUGUGUGCAUCUGCACGUGUGAGUGUGAUUUUUCCUUGUGGCUCACUCUAACGCUACGACCCUGUGUGUGUUUCAGAGUCCCACAUCGGUGGUUUGAACAGGACAGCGUCUCUGGGCACUGCAGAUCGGACAGAGUCCGUGUCGGUCAGCGGCAGCAGCAGCCAGAUCAACACUCAGUUCGCUGUCCCCUCACCAUCAUACACACCCGACUUCUAUGUACGAGCUCUCACAGACCUGCAGUUUGUCAAGGUAAGGAUAGCCAGCCAUACAUUGAUACCUCCUGCACUGAGCUUUAAUGAUUUGGCCUAGGAUAGAGACGGUGUGUGUAGGCUUAUGUUGGACCCCAACACUACAACACCUUGAUUAUCUCUCUCUCCUCUCUUUCUCUCUCUCCCUCACCAUGUCCCUUCAUCCUCCCUCUUCCCUCUCUGUCAGAUCACGCGGGCCCAGUACCAGAACGGUCUGAUGGCAUCUCGUCUGGAUUCCGCCCCCCAGUCACCUGAUUGCGGCCACCCCCGUCUGGAGGGUACCACACCCCCUGUGGGCACCGCCACUCUCGGCUUCCUGGCUGACGACACCCCCACUCCGGAGAAAAGCCCCCUCCUGGACGACGAGACCACCUCUCUCCUCAACGAGCAGUACGGCCCCCUCCUGGACGACGAGACCACCUCUCUCCUCAAGGAGCAAAACUCUCUGCCUCACAACCACCACAACCAAUCAGAGAGCAGCAUAUGA